AUCCCAUAAUUAAGUCUUUAAUUUCUUCUUAAUUAAUCCACUUGUUCUCUUCAUUAAUCCUUUAAUUAAAGAUGGAUUUCUCUCUUAAGCAUUGUACUCUUCUAAUUUGCCUAAUCUUGAUCUUGCCUGCUUUAUGCUAUAGCCAAACUUAUGUAUCAAAAGCAGGCUAUUAUAACACAGAUGAUGGCAUGGGUAAUCCAAAGGGAGCUUGUGGAUAUGAAGAAUAUGGAAGAACAGUGAACAAUGGAGAAGUUUGUGCAGUGUCCAGGCGUCUAUUCAAGAAUGGUGCUAGCUGUGGUGGAUGCUAUCAGGUGAGGUGCAGGAAUAAGGGAUUAUGUUCCCAAGAGGGAGUAAAAGUGAUGGCUACUGAUUAUGGAGAAGGACAUGGAACAGACUUUAUAUUAAGCUACAGAGGGUUUGCAAAAUUGGCCAAGCAAUCAAGCAUGGCUCAGGUUCUUUUUGCAAAAGGGACAGUUGAUGUAGAAUACAGAAGAGUUUCAUGCAGAUUUGGAUCAAAUCUCAUGGUUAAAAUACAUGAACGUAGCAAGUAUCCAAAUUACCUUUCACUAGUUGUUAUGAACCAGGGUGGUGCUAGUGACAUCCUUGCACUUGAAGUAUAUGAGGAGGAAACAAGUUCAUGGAUAUCAAUGAGAAGGGCAUAUGGUGCAGUGUUUGAUUUGUCAAAUCCACCAGAUGGAGAUCUUCAAGUGAGAUUUCUAAUUAGUGCUGCUGCUGAGACCAAAUGGGUGCAAUCUGAAAGGGCUAUAAUUCCAGCUGAAUGGAGUGUUGGUGAAACCAUUGAGACUGACAUUCAAGUUUCUUAAAGAAAAUUUAAUAAUUAAUAACAUGAUACUAUAUAUUAUAUUGCCAUUCUAGCUAGGCAAUUAUUAGUAUUUCCUAUGUAUGUAUCUAUUAGUAUUAGUAGCCUAGGUGGGAUAAACUUAUGUCACGUGUGAUGAGUAGGCGCUAGGGUCUUUGUAUUGAUUAUUAUGAUGGCAUUACUCAUAUAUAGAUGUAACGCUUAGAAUGUUAUUUAUAAUAAUAUGAAUAAAAUUGUCCCUUUUCAGUA